AUGAUGGACACAGUCGUCUCCGGAAUGGCCUUUGGGGCCGCCCUUGUGGCUUCGGGCAUGUAUUCGCCAUACCUGAUCGCAUCGCAGUUCACGUUGGAGAAUUGGAACAUGGUGCAGACGUUCCUUACAGCCACUGGUUGCAGCGCUCUCUCCCUCCAACUCCUCUACGGUUUGGGUUCUCACGUUCCUCCACCACGGUCCUGUUCAUCACUGGGUCUCCUCGGAUUCUCGCUCGAUGGCAACAUCAUCGGUGGCGCCGUCCUAGGCGCCGGCAUGUCUCUCGCAGCAUCCUGUCCUGGCAUGGUCUUCCCACAAGCAGCCAUGGGAGUCCCGUCGGCGCCCAUCACCCUCGCGGGCGCAUCCGUCGGCGGCAUAUUCUGGUCCGCGGUGCUGCGGCCAUGGCUAGCUGCUCGACAACAACGGCGGGCUGCCAAUGGAAAGGGUGUGUCAGGCAGGCAGCCGCCAAAGACACUGGCCCAGCUCUUCGGCACGGGGCGAGCCGCGACCUUCGUCUUCUACGAGGUCCUGCUGGGCGCUCUCGUGGCCAUAACAGCCAGCAAGGCCAGAUCGGCGCCGUCUGCGCUGCACCCCGUGGCGGGAGGCCUGGCUGUUGGCGCCGCGCAGCUGCUCUCGCUGGUGCUGAGGGGUUCCCUGCUCGGCGUCUCGACCUGCUAUGAACACUUUGGUGACUGGAUCGUAUAUUUAUUGAGAGGGGGAAGAGGACCCCAGCCCGCGACGGCAUCGCUGCUCUUCUCUGCCUCCAUGGCAGCCGGUGCCUUGCUGCUGGCUCGGCAGAGGCCCGAUCUGACGGUGGCGGCCGCCACAUGGACAGUGCAUAUAGCCCCGUGGAAAGCUUUCUGGGGCGGCUUCCUCAUGGCCGUUGGCUCCAGGCUGGGCGGCGGGUGUACAUCGGGACACGGGAUUAGCGGGAUGGGGUUGAUGUCUGUGUCGAGUUUUGUGUCCAUGAUUGCUACCUUUGCGGCUGCUAUUGCUGUGUCGAAGAUGUAG